AUAGGGAUGCCAAAGGAAAAAUAUGAUCCUCCAGAUCCUCGCAGAAUUUAUACCAUCAUGUCAGCAGAGGAGGUAGCCAAUGGGAAAAAAUCUCACUGGGCAGAAUUAGAAAUCUCGGGUAGAGUGCGGAGCUUAAGUACAUCACUUUGGUCAUUGACACACUUGACAGCGCUGCACCUAAAUGACAAUUACCUUAGUCGCAUUCCACCUGAUAUUGCCAAGCUUCAUAAUCUGGUUUACCUGGAUCUGUCAUCCAAUAAACUCAGAAGUUUACCAGCAGAACUAGGAAACAUGGUGUCUCUCAGGGAAUUGCUUUUAAAUAACAAUCUGUUACGGGUUUUGCCUUAUGAACUUGGUCGGCUCUUCCAGCUACAAACUCUAGGUUUGAAAGGCAAUCCUUUAUCACAGGAUAUUCUCAAUUUAUACCAGGACCCAGAUGGAACCCGAAAGCUACUGAACUUCAUGCUUGACAAUCUUGCAGUUCAUCCAGAGCAGCUUCCUCCGAGGCCAUGGAUUACAUUAAAAGAACGAGACCAAAUUCUGCCAUCAGCAUCAUUCACAGUUAUGUGUUACAAUGUGUUAUGUGAUAAAUAUGCCACCCGGCAGCUAUAUGGCUAUUGCCCGUCCUGGGCAUUAAACUGGGAAUACAGGAAAAAGGGAAUUAUGGAAGAAAUUGUUAACUGUGACGCAGAUAUCAUUAGUCUUCAGGAAGUGGAAACAGAGCAAUACUUCACUCUCUUUCUGCCAGCAUUGAAGGAGCGUGGAUAUGAUGGAUUUUUUUCUCCAAAGUCACGUGCCAAAAUCAUGUCUGAGCAGGAGAGAAAGCAUGUGGACGGUUGUGCAAUAUUCUUCAAAACAGAAAAAUUUACAUUGGUGCAGAAGCAUACAGUGGAAUUUAACCAAGUGGCAAUGGCUAAUUCAGAUGGAUCCGAAGCUAUGUUGAACAGAGUGAUGACAAAAGAUAAUAUUGGUGUUGCUGUGGUAUUAGAGGUCCACAAAGAACUUUUUGGAGCAGGUAUGAAGCCUAUUCAUGCUGCAGACAAACAGCUGCUUAUAGUGGCAAAUGCUCACAUGCAUUGGGACCCAGAGUAUUCUGAUGUGAAACUCAUCCAGACCAUGAUGUUCGUCUCAGAGGUUAAAAACAUUCUGGAGAAAGCCUCUAGUAGGCCUGGCAGCCCAACUGCAGAUCCUAAUUCCAUCCCGCUGGUGCUAUGUGCAGAUCUUAACUCAUUGCCAGAUUCAGGUGUUGUGGAAUAUUUAAGCAAUGGAGGAGUAGCUGACAACCAUAAAGACUUCAAGGAACUAAGGUACAAUGAGUGUCUUAUGAACUUCAGCUGCAAUGGAAAGAAUGGAAGCUCAGAAGGGAGAAUCACACAUGGCUUCCAACUGAAGAGCGCCUAUGAAAAUAACUUGAUGCCUUACACCAAUUACACCUUUGAUUUCAAAGGUGUGAUUGACUACAUUUUCUAUUCCAAGACUCAUAUGAACGUGCUUGGUGUCCUGGGGCCUUUAGAUCCUCAAUGGCUGGUUGAGAACAACAUCACUGGGUGUCCACACCCUCACAUCCCUUCAGACCACUUCUCACUGUUAACACAACUUGAACUCCACCCUCCACUCCUGCCUCUUGUCAAUGGUGUUCACUUGCCUAAUCGGAGGUAGUGGAGUAUUGCCCCGCAAAGACGGGGAUAUGUUGCUAUGGACCUGUACAGUUGUAAAUCAAAGUAUGUAGGAGUGAAGUAUGGCCAUCCUUAAGCUGCUUCUUCAGGUUUCUUUCAUUAUGUGUUUGCUAUAAGAUUUGUACAUUUUUGUGCAUAUUGGUAUCAUUUGGCACUAGGGCUAGAACCAAAGUAUUAUUACUCUCUUCCCAAAUUUGUAAUUUAGCAUGUUUUUAAAUUGGACUUUCUGCAUAUUGUAAAUGGAGCUAGCAUCCAUAGUUGAGAAAUCACCAAUUGGAUGCCCUUCAGCAAUGAUUUGUUUUUCAAAACAAAUACUUUCUUUUGAAUGAUUGCAAAUAAGCCAACCAUUUUUGUAAAAGGAAAUUUUAAGCUACAAAUACAAAUUUUUAAACUGGAAUGAUAACAUGCCUCACAAGGAAAACUUCUUAAAUUUGUUUUCCAUUAUAACAAGCUGAUUUUUAGCUCCCCGAGUUAUUUGCACAUUAACUGAGCACUUCAAUUUCUAGAUUUGUACAUGUAAACUAUGAUAUAGCCUCUAGCCAUAAGAAAAAUUGAGAAAUUAAAGAUGGUUGCACAAUAUGCUUUCAAAAUCAAAUAUUUAACAGCACGUGGUAUUUGUUAGGCAAACACUGGUAUUUUUUUUUUUGUUUCUUUUUUUUUUUUUUGAAGUGGUGAGAAGUCAUGUACUUUUGUUCCCCUAUUAGUUAUAACCUUAUUAUUAGUAUUAAUUCUAACUCUGUCUCUCCAGUUUAUUUAUAAGGAAACAGCUGAUAAUUUCCACUGCCACACAUUUUGAAAAUAGAAUUUAUUUUAUUUAGUAUACCCACAAAAUUAGUGUCCAGGAUUUUUUAUUUGCACCCACCUUUUUCUGGCCAGUUGCACUGGUAAAACAGAUGCUAUUUGACCUGUUUCAUUUUUGCUUUUAUAGACAAAUGUUAAUUAAUUAGGGAAUGAAAAGUUCCGAUAAAAAUUUUAGAAGUGGAAAACUAUACACAUUUUCAUUUAUAUCCCAAAGUACUAAAAUGUUGGUUGGUUUUGGCUUUUUGAAGUGACAAUGGAAGGAAUUUGGGGGAGAGAGAACAGGGAGUAGUUGAAAACCUUAGAUCAUUUUUGCUAACUCUAGUUGCCAAAUGGCUAUUAUAUGCUUUUAAUCUUGUUUCCAUUGUCUGUCAGGGUUGAAUUAAGAAGCUACUGGUUUAUUCCCAAUUGUUGAUGCUCUUUAGAUAAGUUGGAAUCCUCUUUUUUUUUUGCCCAGGAGUGGCCAGUUGAAAAAUCUAUGACUCAAGAGGCAGUGAAAGUAAUAAUCAUUUUCUGGGGGAAAAAUUGGUUGGCUACUUGAUGUUAAUUAUGGCACAGUAACAGGAAAAGGUUGUGUCUGUGUUUUUAAGUUUUUCUUUAUUCUGCUUUUUUGCUGCUAUAAGAGUUUUCUGAAAUUUAUAUUUUAAAC